AUGAGUAUGAUUGGUAGUCUUCUUUAUCUCACAUCUAGCAGACCUAGCAUUACAUUUGGUGUAAGAGUAUGUGCUAGAUAUCAAUCUGAACCCAAACUGAGUCACAUUACUCAAGUAAAAAGGAUUCUGAAGUAUAUCAAUGGAACCAGUGAAUAUGGAAUGCUAUAUUCUCAUAAUGCAAACUCUUUACUAACAGGAUAUUGUGAUGCUGAUUGGCCAGGUAGUGCUAAUGAUAGAAAAAGCACUUAUGGAGGGUGUUUCUUUUUGGGAAAUAAUCUAAUAUCUUGGUUCAGUAAGAAGCAAAAUAGUGUGUCCUUAUCCAUAGUUGAGGCUGAAUAUAUUACUGCAGGAAGUAGUUGCUCUCAAUUGAUUUGGAUGAAACAAAUGUUAGAAGAAUACAAUGUCCAACAAGAUGUAAUGACAUUGUACUGUUACAAUCUAAGUUCUAUUGACAUCUCCAAGAACCCUAUUCAGCACAGCAGAACUAAGCACAUUGAUAUCUGA